AUGAAAGCCUUUUUAGAGAGGUAUCAUAAGAGAAAAGCAACCGAACAGUUGACACCACCUGAAGCUCCUCAAAUAAGAAACACAUCCAAUGAUGGUACUUCAGAACAUCAUUCUGAAGAAUUGAACUUGACAAAUCAGUUGGCACCCCCUCAAUUCCAUCGGACAAAUAAUGCAUCUGAAGAUAUUGGUACUUCAAAAUAUUCUGUCAAUGAGAUUAAUAUAGAAGAUCUUCCUGGAGAUCCUGGACUUCGAACUCCGAUUUUAGAGUACCAUCCUAAUGUUCGAGAUCGAGUGCGAAGACAUUAUUUACUGCAAGGUCCUUGUCAACCAAAAAACUAUAAUUUUCCUCAAACAGAAUUUAGUGGUGUUAAGCGAAGGUUUAACGUCAAUUGGUUUAAGGAUCAUCCUAGUUGGUUGGAGUAUAGUAUAGAAAAUGAUGCUACAUAUUGUUUGCAUUGUUAUCUUUUUAAACCAAAUAUUGGAGACCAAGCAGGUGGUGAUGUAUUUGUUGGUACGGGGUUUAAUAAUUGGAAGAAAAAAGACAAGCUUAAAGAUCAUGUUGGAGGGAUCAAUAGCGCUCACAACAAUGAUAGAAGAAUGUGUGAAGUUUUAUUAAAUCAAAGACAGCAUGUUGAUACAGUUUUGGUGAACCAAACACAACAAGAUCGGAUUAACUAUCGCACUCGUUUGAAUGCAUCAGUUGAUUGUGCUCGUUUUCUACUACGACAAGGAUUGCCAUUUCGUGGUCAUGAUGAAUCUGAUUAUUCAAAUAACCAAGGAAAUUUUAGAGAGCUUUUGAAGUGGCAUUCUGAUAAAGUUGAUGAUAUAAAAAAGGUUGUCUUGAAAAAUGCUCCAAGAAAUCAUCAAUUAACAUCACCUGAUAUUCAACAUGAUAUUGUCAAGGCUGCUGCAACUGAAACUCUCAAUGUCAUAAUUAGUGACAUUGGUGACGCAUUAUUCUCUAUUCUUGUUGACGAGUCUCGUGAUGUAUCAGGAAAAGAGCAAAUGGCAAUUGUAUUGCGAUAUGUGAGCAAAGGACAAGUAAUUGAGCGUUUUGUCGGUGUUAAACAUGUCACUGAUACUACUUCUGCAUCACUGAAGGCAGCCAUUGAUCAAUUCUUUUCAGAGAAUGGAUUAAGCAUAUCUAGCCUCCGUGGUCAAGGUUAUGAUGGAGCUAGUAAUAUGAGAGGAGAAUUCAAUGGUCUAAAAGCACUUAUUUUAAAGGAGAAUGGAUCAGCUUUUUAUGUUCAUUGCUUUGCUCACCAGCUUCAGCUGGCUAUUGUGGCUGUAGCAAAAAAUCAUAUCUUAAUCUCUAAUCUCUUCAUGUUUGUUAGUAAUCUGGUGAAUGUUGCUGGAAGCUCAUGUAAACGUCGUGAUUCUCUUCGAGAGAAACAAGUCGCCAAGAUUAUCGAAGAACUUAAUAUUGGUUCUAUUUUAAGUGGGAGGGGCUUGAAUCAGGAAACCACCCUAAAGCGAGCUGGUGAUACAAGAUGGAGCUCACAUUAUGGUACUUUGAUUAGUAUCAUCAACUUAUUUCCAUCUUUAGUUGAAUUGCUUGAAGAAAUAAAAGAGGAUGGAUCAUCUACAGAUCAGAAACAAGAUGCAAGCAGAUUAUUAGACUCAUUGGAAUCAUUCGACUUUGUAUUUAGUCUGCAUUUGAUGAAGGUUUUGUUGGGGACUACAAAUCAAUUAUCACAGGCAUUGCAAAGAAGAGACCAAGAUAUUGUGAAUGCAAUGAACUUAGGGGGGUGUAUUCAAUUAAGAGUCUACAAGAUUUGUUUGUAUUUUAGAAGUCUAUAG